AUGGCCCUCGUUCCGCCACCUCAGCUUCACUCAAUCGACGAGUUAUCUGGAGACGACAUGUGGCUCUCGGAAACUGUGACUAUAGGAGCCAUUGUUCCCUUGAAAAUUCAUCGCCGUCUCUGUCUUCUUUUUCGAUCAGUUCUUCGUUUUGAGGUUUUCUCACCUUCGCUUCAGAGAAAAUUCACGCUGUUUUCAGGGCUAGUUUCUGCGUCGUCGUCUCUCUAA